GUCUCCACUCCCCGCCCCCCGCCCCCCACCCAUCCAAUGCCGUCGGCCUCCCUCCGCCUCGCCGUCAUCGGCGCAGGCGCGGCGGGACUGGCGGCAGCGCGGGAGCUCCGCCGAGAGGGACACGCCCCCGUCGUCUUCGAGCGCGCCGCGGCAGUGGGCGGCACCUGGCUCUACACGCCCCCCGCCUCAGCUGCCGACCCGCUCGGCGCCGCGGCCACGCACUCCAGCCUCUACGCCUCGCUCCGCACCAACCUGCCCCGCGAAACCAUGGGCUUCCUCGACUUCCCCUUCUCCGCCGCGGCGCCCGGCUCCGCCGACCCCCGCAGGUUCCCCGGGCACGAGGAGGUGCUCCGGUACCUGGAGGCCUUCGCGCGGCGGUUCGAUCUGCACCGGCUCGUCCGGUUCGAGACGGAGGUGGUGAGCGUGAGGAGGGACCCCGGCGGGAGCUGGGCGGUGACGUCGAGGAAGCUCGGGGAGAAGGGGAGUGGCGAGGAGGAGGUGUACGACGCCGUUGUAGUUUGCAAUGGGCACUACACGGAGCCACGCAUCGCCGUCAUUCCCGGGGUAGAUGCUUGGCCUGGACAGCAGAUGCAUAGCCACAAUUACCGUGUGCCGGAGCCAUUUCUUGAUCAAGUAGUGAUCAUAAUCGGGGCCUCAGCAAGUGCAUUUGACAUUUCAAGAGACAUCUCAAACAUCGCGAAGGAGGUCCAUAUUGCAGAUAGAUCGGUACCAGCUUCCACCUGUGAGAAGCAGCCUGGCUACGAUAAUCUGUGGCUUCACUCCAUGCUCAACCGUGCACAGGACAAUGGCAACGUAGUGUUCCAGGAUGGCAGCUCAAUCAAAGCUGAUGUCAUCAUGCACUGCACUGGCUACCUGUAUGACUUCCCAUUCCUUGGAAAUGACAGCACCAUCACUGUGGAUGAUAACUGUGUCGACCCACUGUACAAGCAUGUUUUCCCACCGGAAGUGGCUCCUCAACUUUCCUUCAUCGGAUUGCAGUGGAAGGUUAUACCUUUUCCGCUGUUUGAACUACAAAGCAAGUGGGUUGCUGGUGUUCUAUCAGGACGGAUCGAGCUUCCGUCAAAAGAAGAAAUGAUGGAGGAUGUAAAAGCUUUCUAUGCGAAACUGGAAACAUGCGGAUGGCCUAAGAGAUACACUCACAAUUUUUCAAACUAUCAGUUCGAGUAUGGCGAUUGGCUCGCGGAGCAAUGCGGCCACCCACCGAUUGAAGAAUGGAGGAAGCUGAUGUAUGCUGCCAAUGCGAGGAACAAGGUGGCCCGUCCUGAGAGUUACCGCGACAAGUGGGAUGACGAUCAUCUAGUGGCUGACGCACAUGAAGAUUUCAAUAAGUACUUGUAAAAUCUGUCUCAUGAUUCUCAUCUCCAAAUUCAUUUUAUUGAUCUGUGAGAGUACGGCCAUCAUUAGAAUAAGUAUUACAGAGCAAAUGACAAUUUCAACUCUGGAAAGGACAUAUAUGCUGGGCCAGCACUUUAUUCA